AGAGACACGAAAACAAAAUGGAUGCUGAAUCAAAAAUUAAAACUUUUGAAACAUUUAAAUUUGUGUGUCCAAUUUUAAUUUGGCCUGCUUUAUUAUCAAGAACUGAUGUAUUGGGUAAAAAGCAUUGCAUUGAAGGCUUAGAUAAUCUUAAAAAAUAUUUAGGUUCACAAAGAUCUGACGAUAAUUUUAAAAUAUUUGUCGAUUCAGGAAAAACACUUGCUAGAGAUUUAGGUACUGAUUCCAAAUUUUCCAUCUCGAAGCUCAGGAAACAGGUCCGUUUAUUUGAUUACGAGGGCAGUCAUAAACCAGUUUCAAAUUCCUUCCAGAAAUUCAAGACUGCUUUCUAUUUUGCAAUUCUUGAUCACGCGAUCUCUUCGGUAAAUGAAAGAUUUACCUUAUUAACUAAGUGCUAUUCAUUAUUCUAAUUUCUAUAUGAGUUUCGCAACAUUUCUAAUAAUGAUCUCAGGAAAGCCUUCAUGGAG